GCCCGCUCAGCUGGUGCCUUAAUGGAGCAUCUGUGCUUCUCUCCAGCAACAACAACUGCUUGCGCUCGGCUUUAGGUCUGUGGUCCGGGCCUGUCCGUGAUGGGCAUGACACUCCAUGGCCCGUACAAUGGCAGGAUAUUUCCGGGGCUUCUAGCUGCUCAGUCCUAAACGCCCAUCCUCAGCGCUCAAGUUCUUUCUUGGAUAUGGACCCCGUAUGGGCCGAAGCAGAAACCGAGAUCCUGGUGCACGCCGCCGCUCCCAGCCGGGCUUCGCACGACGCCUACUACCGGGCCUUGGCAAGUGCCUAUCUCGACUUCCAGCCCUCCCGGAUCACUCUCCUGGUGCCCACCAGGGAUGCCGACCCCGACCCCGACUGCCCGCCAUCGCCCAAUCAGGUCAUCCACUCCCCGCAGCUCUCAUUUGAGGAUGUCUUGGAUAACGCUGGCUCUCCCCGUCCCGAACUACCCCGAUAUCCAGACGCCGAGGUGCUGGCCGCAGAUUCGCAAUCGUCUCUGUCUGUGCCGCCCAGCGAGGUUGAGGAUUCCCAACCCUUUCACCACCUGCGCCUAGGGAUCCGGUCCUCGCAGGGGAGUGACAGUCCGGCUCGUCGUGAACCGCCCUCGUUAGCACUGCCGUCGUCGUCUCCCGGCCGUGGAGACAUAGACGCGAGCAUCUACGGCCUUGGUCUUAGUAAUUCCGACGUUGAUGCCUUCGACGACGAUCCCGAACAUGAUGGCCACGACACGGUGCCGUCCUCGGGCCGGGCCGACUCAGAGCCCCUCCUCGCCGAUGGAGCGGGGUUCUCGCCGCUGCGACGGGAGCUGCUGAUGACCAAAAGCCUCAGCGACGUCGGCCCCGGGCGCCCUGAGCUCUCGCACGAAGCCAGGGCCGCCAGACAAGGCGGUCCAGGCGCAAGGCUGGCGGGAGCCCUCGAGGUGUUCGCCCCGGAACCCGACGGCUCGUGCGACGACCUCGAGCCGUCGAGCCUGCUCACCUACAACCUCGUCAAGCUCGACUCCGACCUUGGCCUGGCGGGGCGCUUCGUGUCCAAGAGACGACUGCUGCAGGGGAGGGAGCCGCGACCGACGGAGCGCGGCUUCUGGGAGCUCGCGUGCUCAGGCUGGGGCCCUGACGCCAAGAGGGAGACCUGGGGCUACCUUGCACGCUACGUCGGCGAGGGCCGUGCUGGCUGGGGAGUGUGGCUCAAGCGGGAUAACGCAACCGACAGUAUACGUCUGUUUUCCUUCGGCCACGUAUUGGGCCACAUGUAUCUUCUUCUCUACACCGCCACCCGCCGCCGUAUCCUCAGCCUUGACUGCACAUGGACGUCGGGCGGUGAUGGCCUCGUCCUCGUUCCGGCGACCAAGAAUCGCUGGGACAUGUGAAGAGCUGGACUGACUUCUACUCGGGAAGCGGGAGAGAUGUUCCUUUCGUUAAUUACUUCCCCUGGAUUUACCACGUUUCGAGCUAUUAUACAUACACCAACGUGCCUCCAUUCCUCGCCUUUUCCCUAAUGCUUAAUCCUACGACGCACAAAAACUGCCCACACAGCGCAACUAUCACCCAUGGGAAGAAAAUAACCACAGAUGCACAAACUGCAAAAGGGACGUGAGAGAAAAGAAGAUGUGUGCUGUUCCCUUUUCAGGGGGUAGUUUGGGUAUUCGUGCGUUGAAAUAAGGAAAGCGUAACGACUGGAAUUCCAGAACGACCGAAACCUAUUUAGACACAAUUUGGAGUGGCGCUGACAUGCGAAUCAUGGCCCCUCAAGUCACACAGCUAGACAGACGAGUUGAGGUCGUCGAGCCCGAAACUCGCUCCUCUUGUCCACCUAGUAUCGUGCAUUUUUUUGCAACUAGCAUGAUGGGAUUGACAAGAGUGGUAGCGGAGCUCGCCGAGCUUGAAAGACAUAGAGCCUACAACAAGCCUACGUUCUUCUUCUCCACCUCGUACCGAGACCGGUCUGCAAUCGCCAUGUCAAUGAAGGGCUGUUGGUAAGCGUCCAAUGUUAGCAGUAGCUCAUCGGUCUUACAUGGCGCGAGUAAUUAUGAUAGUAAAAGGCACCCCUUGGGUCAUCUCGUCAUACCUUGCGCUCGGCCGUGCCCAGUGUGUUCCACUGAGAAGCAGCAGCCUUCGCAUGAUCCGUAACCUUCACGAGUGCGGGAUCGCGAGGCGUGAAGCCCUUUUGAAUAU